GGAAGCAGCAGCGGCAGCAGGCGACCCGCGGGAGUUUAUUACACAAGGAGAAAUACUAAGCGCGCCAUUGUCGGCUCUUUGCUGCCCCGAAGUCGGCGAAUACGUUAGUGUCGGUGUCGGUGCUUCGGGUCGCGAGCGGGAUGGAGCGAGCGGUGCUGUUGUGUGUGGUGCUUCUGCUGCCCUGCUCGCCGGCGGAGCGUCAGCAGGGCAACGAGGAGAUCGAGUCGAUGAUCAGUCAGCUCCGACACGCCUCGGCAGCGGAAGUCCAAUCCCUAAGGUACUGCAAGAUCUCCACACCGGAUCUCCUAGCCACUGCCCAGAGCACGGCCAACAGGGUCCUACAGGGUGUUUGCAAUCCACGAGAGCUGAACGAGCGGUUCGCGGCGCUGCAGAAACAGGUGGUGGACCAGUUCAACGUCCUGCAGUCGAUGGUGGUCAGCAUCGAGGACCAACUCAGGACCCAAGACAAGCAGAUGAAGAAGCACCACAGCAAGCUCAGGCAAGCCAUCGGCAGUAUGAGGGGCGGCUCGGAGGGCGCGGACGAGGCGGGGCGCGGGAUCGACUUCUUCGACGACCUGGACGACCUGUCCGCCGGCGACGAGGAGGAUUACAGCCUCAGGGACAACGGUGAGGUGGUGAGCCCGCGAGACACCGAGAUCGACCGCUACAACUCGACCAUGCACCAGGAGGACGGCUGGAGGGUCUUCACCUACUACUGGCGAGUCCGUGACAUCAACUACAAGAUGAGGAACUGGGGUGGGCGUCGCUCCCUCCGGUCCGAGAGCUUCUACAUCUUCCAGAACGGCUACAGGAUGUACAUGAGGAUUUACCCCAAUCAGCGCGGGGAGAACGUUUAUAUUCACGUCGGGCUGACGGAGGGCGACUACGACGCCAACCUGGACUGGCCGUUCAAGCUCAAGCACCGGAUCCACAUCCUGGACCAGGGCUCGCCCUCCGAGGACAUCGUCAGCCGCGUCUGGGACCCCACCCAGCUCUGCUCCGGCUGGCACUGGCGGCGACCCGAGUCCGGCGACAACUACGAGUGCGUGGGCCUGGGCUUCGAGCAGCUCCUCCUCCGCUCCAGGAGUUACAUCCACGACGACAGCAUCGUCAUCAGGCUCACGGUGUUCCUCGCCCAGUAGAGGCGCCGCCCCUCCUCUCCCUCCUCUUCUCCCUCUUCCUCCUUCUCCUCCUUCCCCUCCUCCUCUCCCUCUUCCUCCCCCUCCUCCUCUCCCUCCUCUACUACC